AUGGCUUCAUCUCUUCGUUUAACCGGUACUGCUUUACGUGAACUUCGAAUCCAUUUAUGUCAAAAAUCGCCAGAAAGUAACGGGGUUCGACAAUUUAUCGAAAAUGAUUAUGUGGAUUUAAAGAAAGGAAAUCGGUUAUUUCCAAUUUUAAUUAGAGAAUGUUCGGGGAUUAAACCUAAAAUUUGGGCGAGAUAUGAAUAUGGAAUUGAAAAAAGUAUUUCUGUUGAAAAUGAAAGCCGCGAGAAGGUUUUUGAAAUUAUCAAAAAUUUGGCUGAAAGAAGAAUGGUCUAUUAUUUUACUUCGAAUGUUGUUGAUCCACCAGCUGUUUUAUAUAUGGGAGAUGACAAAGAGGAGAAUGAAUUGUUAAUUAAAUAUGGCUGGCCAGAGGAUGUUUGGUUUCACGUUGAUAAACUUUCUUCUGCCCACGUUUAUCUUCGACUACAAACUGGGCAACAAAUUAGUGACAUUUCUGAGAAUUUAAUUGAGGAUUGUUGUCAAUUAGUUAAAGCUAAUUCUAUUGAGGGCUGUAAAUUAUCCGAAACGGAUGUAGUCUACACAAUGUGGGGCAAUUUAAAAAAGACUGGAGAUAUGGUAACUGGACAAGUUGGUUUUCACAAAAAUAAAGAUGUUAAGAAGGUUCGAGUACAGAAACAAAGGGAAAUCAUUAAUAGACUGAAUAAAACUAAAACUCAUGCAACUGGUGUUGAUUUUCGACAAUUAAGAGAGCAAAGGGAUAUGGAAGAGCGUCAGAAAGUGGUGAGAAAAAUAUUUUUUAAAUUUUUGUGGGGGGAAUGUUGA